AUGGACGACACCAGGACAACUCUGGUUCGACCACCACCUCAAAACCCCGAACUGUCUGCCAUCGAAAACACCCUCGAGCUGACCGAACUGAAUGCAAUCGGACCUGAUAUCUUCACCAACACCCGCCCCCUAUGGCACCCCCCCGGAGCGCGCGGCGUCUACGGCGGAGCCGUGAUCGCCCAAUGCCUCGCCGCAGCCCAGCGCACCGUGCCAUCCCACUUCACAAUCCACUCCAUGCACUGCUACUUCGUCCUCGCCGGCGACUCGACCAUCCCCAUCCUCUACCACGUCGAGCACGUUCGGGAGGGCAAGUCCUUCGCCACGCGCACUGUCCAGGCGCGCCAGAGGGGAAAGUGCAUCUUCACUACCACAAUGUCGUUCGCGAGAGAAGGAUCGGGAGGCCGCGAGACGGUACACCAUGCUGCUCUGAUGCCUGAGGGCAUCACGCCUCCUGAGCCCGACCUCCCAGAGUCCAUGACGGAUGGUAGCUCCGGCCCUCCCUUCGAGAGCCAGAGAGUCGCUAUCCUGAAUAACGACGGCGAGCCGAAUGCGAAGAAGACGAGACAGUGGAUCCGCGCGAGGGGCAAGAUCAGCGAAGCCGGUGGCCACGAGGCGCAUUUGUCUGCUUUGGCUUAUAUGUCCGAUUCGUACUUCAUCGGCACGAUCUCACGAAUUCACAAUCUCUGGCGCUUCCCGACGCCGGGAAGUGCGAUUGCGAAGAGAAUUGAGGCGAAUCCGGCGGCUGCGGAGCAGAUGCGUAGGAAUAAGAUUACGGAGGGCUUUGGGGAUGAUUUGGAUAAUCGCAAUGAUAGGCCGGAGGUUGGGAUGAUGGUUAGUCUUGAUCAUACUAUCUAUUUCCAUGAGCCGAGGAGCUUGAAGGCCGAUGAGUGGGUGUUUACGGAGAUGGAGAGCCCGUGGUCUGGGAAUGGGAGGGGGCUGGUUUUCCAGAAGAUGUGGUCUGCGGAUGGUAGACUGAUUGCAACUUGCAUUCAAGAGGGUGUCGUGAGAUUACGACAGGAAGCCCCUCCAUUUGAAUCCAAGCUUUGAUACCCGCCCAGCUAUAGAUCGGAUAUGUUGUUUAUGCAAUAGAUUUCCUACUAUAUCUCUAUAUUUACCUGCCUACAUACACCAGAUUUCCUUUGGAGAGCAUAUUCAUAUUUAAUUUGAGCAUUAUACUGUACUGGUUUACAUACAAUACUGUACUUGUCGGUAUUCAAGGCAGUGCACUUAGAAACAUAGUCACUAGGGAAGGGGUCUUCGCCUCAAGACCCAAAAAUACACA